UUAUUUGUGGACGGAAAUGACAGGAAACGUGGGUUUGGAGGUGGCGAGCGCAUGAAGAGGUGGAGGAGAAUGAAAGACAAAUUUGUCUGUGUUAAAAAGUCUCUUAUGUACAAAAAACAUAAUAUAAACACACUAUCUUGGACCGGAUACAUGACAGGAUACCACAGAACAGCGCUACGCCCUCUGUUGUCCUGCCGGGCAAUUCCUUUGCAACACUCUCCAGGAGACGGAGAAGUAUGAGAGCAAAAGGCUUCCGUCAGUCCGUGCAUGUCUGUCCCGUGCGGAGCUGACGGAGAAGCAUGAACCAGGCUUUAGUGUGAAGUGAAAGUGUUAAUAGUUAUAUGGAGCAAAAAUGUUAAACAUUCAUAAUAAUAUUGUGAUAUAAUUGUGUUCAUACUGAUAGAUUAAAUUACUAGAAUCAACAAUUACUGAUCUGAUGUAGGUUAAGAUCUGAAAUGAAUCAUUACAGGAAAAACAUUAAUUUUAACCCACAAUGUAAAGUAUAGGACACAUUAAUCAAACUCUUUGGAUUUAAACAAAUUGUUCAUUCAUCAGAAUAUGAGGUUUAAAAAAAGGUAAUUUACGACAAGAAAGAUAAGCUUUAUUCUGAGAGUAAAAGUCUUGUCUUCUGCACGAGACCUUGGCUUUCCAGCUAAGAUACAGAAGCUAGAAGAAGGACUUAUUAUGGCUCCCUUAUUUGGUAACAAGGUCAAUGAGCAGUGCUUUUCUGGUUUGGAGACCAGACAGACGUGAUGUGGCUCACCAGAUCAUCUCAUCGAAUCAGCACUACGGUGUCAGAUUGACCCGUAUGAAGAAGUAGUUUGGGCCCACAAGUUAAAAGUUCACUUUUGGUAAUUUUGAUUAAAUAUUUGGUGUAGGAGACAAAUUAAAUGUUUUUUUGUUUAAUAUUAUGGCGCAGGUGUUUUAAUUUUUCAUCGUGCUGCAGGUGAUGGUGGGGGGCGUGGUUGCCGAGUUCUUACCUAUCAGUUGAGCGUCCAACUGCCUUGGUGAGCGGUACUCUUGAAAACUUUUCUGUUGACCGUUGUCGUGUUACUUUAAACCAUUUAAUAUAUAACAGAAGCCAAUUCAUUCCAUCUCAACCUAUUUAUUUUAACCACAAAUAAAUCAACUCAAAAAAUAAGAAGAAUCAGAAUGGUUUGUUGGAAGACGCUUCACAGCCAAGGCCACUCACCCACAGCAGCGUUUUUAAUGGAAAGAAGCUGCUACACUUAGUCAACAGAAAAGUUGCUCCAUGCAUCAAACAAGAAGAAGAUUGUGAGGAAGGACUGUGUGGAGGGACGGCUUUGUGGAUCGGAGGAUUAUCGCCUUUGGAAGGAGUUUGGAAGCGGCCGCACUCAGGCACUGGAAAUGGAUCAGCUGAUCUGCCGUCAUGAAUGGAAAGCAGCGCAACGCCCCCGUCUGAAGCGGUAGGACACUGAUUUACUCUGUGUAAUAGUUGAUCAUGAUGAACACAGUUUGAAAGUCACCGCUUGUCCAUUGAGGACAUUACUGGGGUGUGAUGUGCGGAUGCGGAAGAGCAAAUGCUGGAGGAAGCUGCUGUGAAUCUUGCCUCGUGAUGCAGCAGGCUGUGCGUAUUGGUUUGUGCUGAAGAACAGCUGUUUCCGCCAAACAAAGCCGUCUGAAGACGUUUUGCAACUUCUGUGACAGCAGCUGAAAAGAAAAAUGACGAGGACAAGAAAAUAAAAAACGCCACAGAGCUAAUGAAUUGCUUGUUUUGUAAAGGAGACCAUCUUCUAGAAGUGUUGAAAGUUUGAAAGUACAGCACACAAAGAUAAAAUCACUUUUCUAAAAACAAAUGGUGUCUGUUUUGGAUGUCUUUGUAAAGGUCACAUUAGUAAGGACUGCAGAAGGCGCUUAAACUGCAAAACAUGUGGUUUAAAACAUCCUCAAAUGCUACACAUACAUCAAAAAAGGACAACAAACAACAAGAAGGAACUAUGGAACAAGCUGGUGAACGUGCUGUAGUCUCUAUUCAGACAAGUGCUCUUACUGGGGCCGGUAGAGAUAAAAUCAAACUGUCAAUAGUACCUGUGGGGGUUAAAUCUAAAAAAGGAAAUGUGACACUGAAUACCUAUGCAUUUCUUGACCAAGCUUAUGAAUGAGCUAAAUCAUCAAGGAAGAAAGUUCAACAUUCUGUUAAGAACCAUGGGACAAAAGAACAUUGUUGAAACACAUAUUUUUUCAAAUGUGGAAGUUGUUGGACUGGAAGACGAUGAAUUUUGUGAUCUUCCUAUUCUUUAUACCCAGAGGGCUAUGCCCGUGAAUAAAGAAACUAUUCCAAAUGAAAGUGACAUAAAACAGUGGUCAUAUUUGAAGUCAGUACAUCUACAUGAAAUCGACUCAGAAAUUAAUUUGCUGAUUGGCUCGAAUGUGCCUAAAGUUCUAGAACUGCUAGAUGUGGUCAAAAGUGUUGGAGAUGGACCAUAUGCUGUUAAAACUGCACUUGGCUGGACAGUUAAUGGACCUUUGGGUGAAACACAAACCGAAGAGGAACCACAGAUAAGCGUCAAUAGGAUAUCUGUGGAGAAGCUUGAUGAACUCUGGAAUCUGCAAUUCAAAACAGAUUUUCCAGAAUGUGCCAGAGACGAAAACGAACCUUCCAAAGAAGGUCAGCAAUUUCUGGACAAGGUUUCUAACAAUGCCAAGUUGCAAGAUGGACAUUAUCAAAUCGGACUCCCAUUUAAAGAUUCAAAAUUCUGCAUGCCACAUAAUAGAGCUGUUGCAGAACAACGUCUUCAAAAUCUGAAAAGAAAGUUUAUAACGAACUCAACUUUUCUUCAAGACUACAAUAACUUCAUGUCUGACACAAUCUCCAAAGGUUGUGCAGAAAAGGUACCAGAAGACAAUCUGGAACGCAACGAUUGCAGAAAAUGGUACCUACCUCACCAUGGUGUACUCCAUAUGCAAAAGAAAGAACUCAGGGUGGUGUUCUGUGGGGCCAAGUACAAUGGAGUGGCGCUGAAUAGCCAGCUCUUACAGGGGCCUGACUUAACCAGCACAUUGAUCAGAGUUCUGACAAGAUUUCGUAAAGAACCUGUCGUUAAUGCUGCAGACAUUAAAUCAAUGUUCUGUCAGGUAAAGGUACCAGAAGAGGACAGAGACUUGUUAAGAUUCUUGUGGCGGCCCGGAGGAGAUUAUACUCAAAACAUGGUCGAAUACAGAAUGACAGUACAUGUUUUUGGAGCAACAUCAUCUCCCAGUUGUGCAAAUUUUGCACUAAGAAAAUGUGCUGAAGAUCAUGGACCACAAUUCAGCCCUCAAGCAGUGAGUAUAAUCUUAAACUACUUUUAUGUUGACGACUGCCUGGUCUCCGCAGCUUCUGAAGAGGAAGCAAAAGCUCUCUAUUAUGAACUCAGUGCAAUAUGCUUGAAAGGAGGCUUUCUGCUGAAUAAGUGGAUAAGCAACAGUCGGGAUGUAUUGGUUGCAAUACCUGAAGCUUACAGAGCAAAAGAAAUAAAGGAUUUUGACUUAACCAACUACAAGCUUCCAGUAGAAAGAGUUUUGGGUGUUCAAUGGUGUGUUGAACCUGAUGCUUUCAAGUUCAAAAUCGUUUUGAAAGCUUUACCAUUAACACGACAUGGAAUUCUUUCUGCAGUAAGCUCUGUUCAUGACCCCCUUGGACUGUUGGCACUUGUGAUAUUGAUUGCCAAAAAGAUCUUACAAAAUUUGUGUCGAAGAAAGAUUGGAUGGGACGAUCUGAGACAGUCAUGCAGGAGUGGACUCUUUGGCUACAAGAGCUCCCGAGGUUGGAUGAUUUUCAAGUUAAUCGCUGUUUUAAACCAAACAGUUUUGGAACACUGAAGUCUGCUCAGCUACAUCAUUUUGCGGAUGCAUCUGAGGAUGGCUACGGAACAGUAACAUAUUUACUUGUUAAAGAUGAUCGGAACCAAACCCACAGUGUAUUCAUCAUGGGAAAAUCUUGUGUGGCUUCGUUGAAACAGAUUGCAAUCUCACAAAUGGAACUGAUCGCUGCUACUGUAGCAUGCAGAAUGGAUGUGAUGUGGAAAAAGGAACUCCAGAUUGAACUGAUGGAUUCAGUAUUUUGGACUGAUAGCACCUCGGUGCUAAAAUACAUAAACAAUAAAACAACCCGAUUCUGCACCUUUGUUGCCAACAGAGUUUCUGAGAUCACCAAGGUUUCAAAUGCUCAACAAUGGAGAUACAUCAGAACAGAAAGCAACCCAGGAGAUUUGGCUUCUCGAGGUACCACAGUUACAUCAUUCCGAAAGAAUAAAAAUACAUGGUUGUCUGGACCUUCAUUUCUCCUGUUACCACAAGAGGAGUGGCCUCAUAACCCCGAUGAAGUUGAAGAGAUCUCAUCACAUGAUGCAGAAAUAAAGACAACUGUGAACGCUGCUCAAGCAUCAAGAGAAAUGGAACCAGUUUCUCAUUUCAUUCAAUGUUUCUCAUCCUGGACUAAUUUCAAACAAGCAGUAGCAUGGAUCCUUAGAGUUAAAGAACUGCUUUUAUACAACAGUAGAAGAAGAAUGCAAGCCAAUAAUAUUCCUGAACAAAAACAUGAUGGACAAGCAAAAAAGGAAAAGCUUAUGCUCAUAAACAAUUUGACAGUUCAAGAACUGGACAAUGCUGAAAUUGCCAUAAUCUCCUUUUGCCAAAGGAAAGAUUUUGGAGAUGAAAUUUCCUGUUUAACAAAAGAAAACAAUGUUAACAGAACCAGUCAUAUCCGCAAACUCAAUCCAAUUUUGAAAGAAGGUGUAUUUUGAGUUGGUGGGCGAUUACACAGAGCAUCCAUGCCAGAUGAGAUGAAACAUCCUUUGAUUCUGGCCCAAAGCUCUCACGUUGCAAAUCUAAUCCUACAACAUGUUCAUAAAGAGGUGGGUCAUGGAGGUCGCAAUCAUAUGCUCUCCAAAGUGCGGCAAAAGUGCUGGAUCCCAGGUGUUACAAUACCAAUCAGAAGAAUUGUAGCUAAAUGUGUUGUGUGUCGACGCAUAAAUGCUUCACCAGGACACCAGCAGAUGGCAGAUUUGCCCUUAUAUAGGGUAACACCUGAUAAACCACCUUUCACUUAUGAUGGAAUUGAUUAUUUUGGACCUUUUCCAGUAAAGCGGGGAUGAACCAUUUUAAAGUGCUAUGGUGUGAUAUUCACAUGUUUGGCAUCAAGAGCUAUUCACAUAGAAAUGGCAUCAUGACUGGAUACAAAUUCAUUUAUCAAUGCCCUUCGCCGUUUUAUUGCCAGACAAGGUCAAGUGAAAGGACUAAGAUCUGACAACGACACCAGUUUUGUUGGAGCCUAUCGUGAGCUAAAGGAAAUGAUAAAAGGAUGGAAUCGAAGUCAUAUACACAAUACGCUUCUCCAAAAGAACAUAAAAUGGACUUUUCAUCCACCAACUGGUUCUCAUCAAUGGCGGCGUAUGGGAGAGACUUAUACGAUCUGUAAGAAGAGUCCUCAACUCCGUCUUAAACUUACAAAAUCUUGACGAAGAGAGUCUCAGGACAGUUCUCUGUGAAGCUGAAGCUGUUUUGAACAAUCAACCCAUUACGAAAGCUUCUACGGAUCUGAAUGACCUUGCAGCAUUGACCACUAACCAUCUGCUACUCCUGAAAAUGAUACCAUCACUUCCACCAGGAUGUUUUCACAAGGAAGACCUGUAUUUACGUUGAAGAUGGAAACAAGUCCAAUAUAUGGCAGAUCUAUUCUGGAAGCGAUGGAUCAAAGAGUAUCUUCCACAACUACAACAAAGACAGAAGUGGUUCAACCCACAACGGAACUUAAUGCCUGGAGACAUCAUGAUCAUCAUUGAUGAGUCAGCGCCACGGAAUUCCUGGCAAACUGGAAAAAUUCAAGAGACUAUCGAAGACAAAAAAGGAUUUGUUCAUCAUCUUCGGAUCAAGACAAAGAUUGGAUUCCUGAAUAGACCCAUUAACAAAGUCUGUCCUUUGCAGGAGACGGAGAACAUUUAGGAACUUGGACUGAAGUUUCACCGUAAUGUUUUGUUUUAUUUUCUUCAUGGAAUAUUGGCUUUGUAGAUUUACCAGGAAAUUAUAGGUAACCAUAUUGAUGAAUGUAAUACUAAAAUGUAAAUAGUUUUGUUUGAAAUUUAGAACUGACAUAACCUGAGAUACUUGAGUUUUGUAAUUAUUAUUUGAAGUAUAAUAAUUAGGGGUCGGUAUUGUAGGAGCCAAAUUGAAUGUUGGUGUUUUAAUUUUUCAUCAUGCUGCAGGUGAUGGCAGGGGGGCGUGGUCGCUGAGUUCUUAUCUGUCAGCUGAGCGUCCAACUGCGUUGGUGAGUGGUUGUCUUGAAAACUUUUCUGUUGACCGUCGUCGUCGUCGUGUUACUUUAAACCAUUUAAUAUAUAACAGAAACCAAUUCAUUCCAUCUCAACCUAUGUAUUUUAACCACAAAUAAAUCAACUCAGAAAAUAAGAAGAAUCAGAAUGGUUUGUUGGAAGACGCGUCACAGCCAAGCCCACUCACCCACAGCGGCGUUUUUAAUGGAAAGAAGCCGCUACACUUGGCCUUUUGGUACGCUACAGCACUCACACACUAGCAUCGGCUCCUCUCGACCUGGACUUCGUGUGUGUGUGUGUGUGUGUGUGUGUGUGUGUGUGUGUGUGUGUGUGUGUGUGUGUGCAUUUGUGAGUGUUUUAAGUGUAGGUGUGUGUAAGACUGUGUAUGUGUGUUUGUGUGUGUGCGUUUGUGAGUGUUUUAAGUGUAGGUGUGUGUAAGACUGUGUGUAUGUGUAAGAGUGUGUGUGUGUGUGUGUGUGAGCGUGACAGAGACCAGAUGUGUUCUUGGAGUGCUGAGAAGGAUUCACACGGAUGGUUUGGGAUUGGGUUAGGGUUAGGAGGAAUCAGUUCAGAUGAACGAGUCGUUCAUCUGAACUCUGAUUAUUCAUUGAAAUCAACAGCUAUGCAUUUAUGCUCCCCAUACACUGUUAUUCCUGUUUGGAGGCUAAUCAAAGGUACCUUUUCUUGGUUUGUGAGGAGCUUUGAAAUGGAGCUCGGAGCGCUGAAGCUCCUUAGAUGAGAGGCAAAAUGUCCAGUUUUGUCUGCACCUUCUAGGAACUAUGAGCACCUUCUCAACCCUCCAGAGAGGAAUUAACAGGAAAAUAAUAUUCUCAUUUUGAUUUAAAUUCAUGCACUUUGUUGCAGAUUUGCUUCACUGAAUCAGACUUGGUGUGACCACCACAUGACAACAAAACACUCACCAUAACUGCCAGCUUAAUCAGAUAAAUAAAUCCCAGUUUCCAACAGUUUUUGAGAAUAUUUCUAAUGGAGAGAAGUGACGCGAACAGUCUCACCUUUUCU